AUGCAUGAUGUUGUUUUAACUGAUGGGUUUGGCAUUUUCUUAUUAGUGAAAAUUCGAAAUACGAGUAAAUCUUUGCGUAAUAAUUCAGCAAGCCAAUUGUUAAGGAAUAAGAACUUGUUUAAGGAAGAGAAAAGAAAUGCUGACAAAGUUAUUUGCGUGAUUGCGGGAAUUUUGAAUAUUGAUGAUGAUGGUGGUGGAAAGUUUACAUUUUUGGAUGAAAUCGAUGAAAUUAUUGCAUUGGCCGUUCAAAGGAUAAAUAAUAACAAUUCGUCACACGAUAUGAUUAAUGGUGGUGAUAAUUCUCGCAAGGACAAAUUUAAUGAAUUUGCAUUAGGCCAGCAUAACAACAAUAAUAAUCAUAAUGAGGUUCAGACUCUGAUCAGAGUAUUUCACGACGAAAUUGAUCGACUUAAUCUCCAGUUAGUUCAAGAAAAACAACACGCAUUAUCAAUUCAAUCGAUGCAUAAGCAACAAUUAGAAAAGCUUACCCUCAGUCAUACUAAUGAAAUCGAUUUAUUACAACAAACGCAUCAAAAUCUAAUUCAACAGCAUCAAAAUCUUGAAAAAAAUCUUUCUGAAGAAAUCAAAAUUUCGAAAUCACGUGAAAUUCAAUUACAAAAAGAAUUAUUACUUGCACAAAAACGUUCUUUAUCAUUCGAUCAAGAAAUAGACGAUAAAUUAAAGUUCAGAGAAAAUGAACUAAAAACAAAAUACAAUGAAGAAUUAGAACACCAGAAGUCGCAGAAAAAAAUUCUACGAGAUCGUGUAGAGCGAAUGUCGAGACGCGAAUGGCAAUUAGAGCAAACAAAUGUCGAAUUUCAACGAAGAAUCCAGCUUCUUGAACUCGAUAAAGAAAAAUUUAGAGAGGAGAGAGAAGAGCUUUGGAAAUUUAGAAGAGAUAAAAGCGAUGAUAAUGUUGCUAUCGCU